GCGCGUCCGGGGGAGGCGGCCGAAAGUUUUCCCGAGCCCGGGAAUGAGCGGCGGGCACCUGGCAUCGGGGCUAGCGCAGCUGCCGACCGCUGCCCGUGGCACGCACCUCCGAGGAUGUCGCUGCUCCCUCUUCCCGCACAGCUAAUUUGACAGGACAUGCAGAGAAGGUGGGGAUAGAAAAUUUUGAACUUCUGAAGGUCCUUGGAACUGGAGAGUCUCGCCUUGUCGCCCAGGUGGGAGUGCAAUGGUGCCAUCCCGACUCACUGCAACCUCUGCCUCCCAGGUUCAAGCAAUUCUCCUGCCUCAUCCUCCUGAGUAGGUGGGAUUACAGCUUAUGGAAAAGUAUUUCUAGUUCGUAAAAUAAGUGGACAUGAUACUGGAAAGCUGUAUGCCAUGAAAGUUUUGAAAAAGGCAACAAUAGUUCAAAAGGCCAAAACCACAGAGCAUACAAGGACAGAACGGCAAGUCCUGGAGCACAUCAGGCAGUCGCCGUUUUUGGUGACAUUACAUUAUGCUUUCCAAACAGAAACCAAACUUCAUCUCAUUUUAGAUUAUAUAAAUGGUGGAGAACUUUUUACUCAUCUUUCUCAAAGAGAACGUUUCACAGAGCAUGAGGUGCAGAUUUAUGUUGGAGAGAUUGUGCUUGCCCUCGAACAUCUCCACAAGUUGGGGAUUAUAUAUCGUGACAUUAAGCUUGAGAAUAUUCUACUUGAUUCUAAUGGCCAUGUGGUGCUGACAGAUUUUGGUCUGAGUAAGGAGUUUGUGGCUGAUGAAACUGAAAGAGCAUAUUCCUUUUGUGGAACUAUUGAAUACAUGGCACCAGAUAUUGUCAGAGGGGGAGAUUCAGGACAUGACAAGGCAGUUGAUUGGUGGAGUUUAGGUGUUCUGAUGUAUGAAUUACUAACUGGAGCAUCUCCUUUCACUGUUGAUGGAGAAAAAAAUUCCCAAGCUGAGAUAUCUAGGAGAAUAUUAAAAAGUGAGCCUCCAUAUCCCCAAGAAAUGAGUGCUUUAGCUAAAGACCUAAUUCAGCGUCUUUUGAUGAAAGAUCCCAAGAAGAGACUGGGAUGUGGUCCACGUGAUGCAGAUGAAAUCAAAGAACAUCUCUUCUUUCAGAAAAUAAAUUGGGAUGAUUUAGCUGCCAAAAAAGUGCCUGCACCAUUUAAGCCAGUCAUUCGAGAUGAAUUAGAUGUGAGUAACUUUGCAGAAGAGUUCACAGAAAUGGAUCCCACUUAUUCUCCUGCAGCCCUGCCCCAGAGCUCCGAGAAGCUGUUUCAGGGCUAUUCCUUCGUUGCGCCUUCCAUCCUGUUCAAGCGUAAUGCAGCUGUCGUAGACCCUCUUCAGUUUCACGUGGGAGUCGAACGUCCUGGAGUGACAAAUGUCGCCAGGAGUGCAAUGAUGAAGGACUCUCCAUUCUAUCAACACUAUGACCUAGAUUUGAAGGACAAACCACUGGGAGAAGGUAGUUUUUCAAUUUGUCGAAAGUGCGUGCAUAAGAAAAGUAACCAAGCUUUUGCAGUCAAAAUAAUCAGCAAAAGGAUGGAAGCCAAUACUCAGAAAGAAAUAACAGCUCUGAAACUCUGUGAAGGACACCCCAAUAUUGUGAAGUUGCAUGAAGUUUUUCAUGAUCAGCUUCACACAUUUCUAGUGAUGGAACUUCUGAAUGGGGGAGAAUUGUUUGAACGCAUUAAGAAAAAGAAGCACUUCAGUGAGACGGAAGCUAGCUACAUCAUGAGGAAGCUUGUUUCCGCUGUAAGCCACAUGCAUGACGUUGGAGUGGUGCACAGAGAUUUGAAACCUGAGAAUUUAUUAUUCACUGAUGAAAAUGACAAUUUGGAAAUUAAGGUAAUUGACUUUGGGUUUGCACGGCUAAAGCCGCCAGAUAAUCAGCCCCUGAAAACUCCAUGCUUCACCCUUCAUUAUGCGGCCCCAGAGCUCUUGAAUCAGAAUGGCUACGAUGAGUCCUGUGACCUGUGGAGCUUGGGCGUCAUUUUGUACACAAUGUUGUCAGGACAGGUUCCCUUCCAAUCUCAUGACCGAAGUUUGACAUGUACCAGCGCAGUGGAAAUCAUGAAGAAAAUUAAAAAGGGAGACUUCUCCUUUGAAGGAGAAGCCUGGAAGAAUGUAUCCCAAGAAGCUAAAGAUUUGAUCCAAGGACUUCUCACAGUUGAUCCAAACAAAAGGCUUAAAAUGUCUGGCUUGAGGUACAAUGAAUGGCUUCAAGACGGCAGUCAGCUGUCCUCAAAUCCUCUGAUGACUCCGGAUAUUCUGGGAUCUUCAGGAGCUGCCGUGCAUACCUGCGUGAAAGCAACCUUCCACGCCUUUAACAAAUACAAGAGAGAGGGGUUUUGCCUUCAGAAUGUCGAUAAGGCCCCUUUGGCUAAGAGAAGAAAAAUGAAAAAGACUAGCACCAGUACAGAGACGCGCAGCAGUUCCAGUGAGAGUUCCCAUUCUUCUUCCUCUCAUUCUCAUGGUAAAACUACACCCACCAAGACACUGCAGCCCAGCAAUCCUGCCGACAGCAAUAACCCAGAGACCCUCUUCCAGUUCUCGGACUGAAUAGCUUAGGCAUGGUAGGAGUGUGACAGUGAUCCAUUGCACCUUGUUUCCCUCAGGAUAUGCCUGAGGCGAUGUUUUAUGCUUUUAAAAAUGUUUCCCGUUGGUCUCAUUGGAAUCUGCCUCCUAAUGGUUUUUUUUUCAGAAAAACCUGUUUGGUUAUCCUCAUCCAAAAGCACUGGACAGAGAAUGCUACUGUGAAUAGAGCACAUGUUACUCUUUUUAGCAACCUAGCAUGAUGCCAACAAGACUAUUCUUGAAAGAGCAAAGGUUCCUGUAAAUUUAAUUAGGGUUAGAGUUGAGCUGCUUGCAGAAUAAGUCACAGGUUUUCCAGACGUCUGCCAACAAGAAAUGAUUCAUACUGUGAUGAUGCCUUUUGCUUUGCCUUGUGGACAAUGUGGGUUUUUGAAAUUUGCACCCUUCAAACAGUGAUUUAUCAGAGAAAGGGUCUGUUUUCAAAAAAAGAUUCUGUAGUGAAUUUUAUGUGUGGCAUAUACUUAUUUCUUGAGAGAAGAUUUUAACUUAUUGUUUUUAUUUUGUGGUUACAUAUGAUGAUAACCUGCUAUUAUUAAUGUUUUUCUAAAAAGCUAAAAAAAAAAAAAAAAAAGAUAUAAGAACUCAAAGUCCCAUACUCUGUGGGAUCCAUCUGAGAUGCAUGCUAAGCUAUGUGUAUGUUUUUAAUUUGCACUGCUCUUUCCUGGCAAUUUGUUUUAAUGGUUAUUGCAGAAUAUUAAGGUACAUGUCUCUCUGUUUUAAGUAAUAUUGCACUUUAUAAAAAAGUAUGAAUAAAGCAAACUAUUUUAUAAAGUGCACUGUUUAAAGCAUUUGCACUGUAUUUUUGCCAUUUAUUUUCAUUUUCUACUUUAAAUUUAUCCUCACAUCCCUCUUCUACUUUGUAUGCAUCAAGUAGAAUGGGGCAUGUUGUGUAAUGUUGUAGUCAGCCACUUAUGCACCAAUGUGAGGAAAACCUAAAGGGAAAUUAUACUAAACACUGUGCUUCAUAUUUGUACACUGUGUUGUACUACAGUGAGAAGUUUACUCCUGUAGUCAUAUAUUAUGUACAUAAUAUUUUAAAAUCAUACCUACAACUUGGCUGGAAAUUUUUCUGUUAAAUUUUAAAUCUAGAAAGCAUAUUUUAUAAACUUAUGCAGAGCACUUUUAUUGCUCAAAAGUUCUGAAUUCAUACAGAAAACAAGUACUAUGUGAUGAAAACAUUUCAUUGAAAGGUUGCUGCAUUUAAAAAUAUAAUUGAUUCAUUCCCUAUGCAAAAAAAGAAGUGAUAGGAUUUGUAUGUUGUAUUUUCUUUUAAAGCCAUCAUGUGAAAUGUCAGGACUGAGAAAAGUGAUUUUUGCUAUGUUUACAGGAAUCAUGCUUAAAAAGAUAAUGCCCAACAUGUUUAUUUCAUAGUGUUUGUUAAUAAUAACCUUUUGAGCAUUAGUUUGGAAUUUGGACAUGAUAUUUAUUUAUUCCUUUCUUGAGGUAAUAGCAGCAUUAAUUUCAACCAGUUAUGAAUACUAAAAAUAUUGCACUCUAUGUAAUGGUAGUAUAUUUAUUACUAAAUCAAUAUAUAUAUUAAUAGCACAGGCAAAAAAUGGCAAAUAUUAAAAUAUUUUCAAAAUAUUGUAUUACCCUGUUUACAUUGUUGUCCACAGUGUUUAUUGGGAAUAAUAUUUUAUACUUUUAUCUGGCCCAAAUGGCUACAUGAUUCUGAGUUAGUGAAAGUUUCAUACACCCAACUUUCAGUUAUUCCUAGUAAUUAUGGGAAAUGUUGUAUGCAUUAUUACCAAACUAUUGCUAAUUCACAAAAUGUGAUUCCAUCAGGCACAGAUCUCAAGAGAAUGACCAUAUUUAUAAUUAUAUUUUAUAUAUUUUGAGCAUAUUUGGCUCUUCAAGCCAUUUUUUUUUAACUGUGCAUCCUGGUAGAAAAUACUAGUUGUAAAGUACAAACUAAAGGGACUAUGUUGCUAAUAAACAAUGAUCCAGAAAAAUGGUCAGACAGUAUACCCUCAUGACUGAUGAUGUGAUUCAUUUCAUUGUGGAUGUUGGAAAUGAAUGGGUUUCAUUUUCAUGUGUUUCCCUUGCCUCUUCUUCUGGAAGAGGACUUGACAGAAAAUGAAAUGGGUAAAAAGGCAGUGAGACAAACAGAAGAAGGAAAGGUAAGGCUAGCCAUCAGCUGAUGAGCCUGCCUGAAUAAUCUAGAAUGGGCUUUUGAAAAGACCUUAACAAAAACACGUACUAUUGUGCUCUUGUCAAGUAUCUUCAUCCUUAUUCUACUUUAUAAGUACCAAAAAGACAGCAUUUGAUGGCAAGUUUGAAGCAGUCAGGUAGUCUGCAGGCUGUCUGUUAAUAUACAGUGAAUUGCACUUUAAAGUUCAGAAAGCUUUCAUUUGGUCACAUCAAAAAUAAACAAUACAGAAUACUUUAUAUAAAAAUGUUAAAUGAUAGGACUCUUUUUUUGGUAUUAAGAGUAAAAUAGAAGAUCUAAGAAAUACAAAUAUUUAACAUCAUUUCUCUUUAUGACAUUAACUUUGGGACUAGAGCCAAAUCACCCCUUCCCUUCUUCACUAAUUGAUUUCAUAUUGUAUAUAAUUUUCAUGCCAACAUAAAUCCUGAUUCAUAUAUUUUGUAACUAUAUAUAACAAAUUGAGAGGCAAGAAUAAGAAAAGGGAGGUAAUAAAGGAAAGAAAUUAAGAAAGACCAGUUUCAUUACUCUGUCAGAUCCUGUGUCUAAAAGAGGUUAAUUUGCAUUUUGAAAUUCACUGGUGGGGUGUGGUGGCUCAAGCCUGUAAUCCUAGGGCUUUGGGAGUACAAAAUAGGAGAAUCACUUGAAGCCAGGAGUUGAGACCAACCUGGUCAACAUAGUGAGACACUGUUUCUCCAAAAAUUAAAGUUAAAAUUAACUGAGCAUGGUGGCUCAUGCAUGUAGCUCUAGCUACUCAGGAGGGCAGCAUGUGGAGGAUCACUUGAGCCCAGGAGUUCAAGGCUGCAGUGAGCUGUGAUCACACCGCUGCGCUCCAGCCUGGGCAACAGAGCGAGACCAUAUUUAAAAAAAAAGAAAAAGGAAAUUCAUUAAUUCUUCCAAACCUUUAUAAAGUGAGAAACCACUGAGUUACUACAAUAGAAAGUUUCCUGAGUUAAUUUCCACAUUGUUGUCUAUCUUAGAGUCACAGGUUCAUUAUCCAAGAAAACUGCCUUCUGAUUUUUUUUUAGAUUACUGCUGACUUCUUAAGUAUGUAAAUGACUAAGUUAUUUUAAAGAAGUCUACUAAGAUAGCAGUCACUUUUUUUUUUUUUUUUUUUUGAGACGGAGUUUCUCUCUUGUUACCCAGGCUGGAGUGCCAUGGCGCGAUCUUGGCUCACCGCAACCUCCGCCUCCUGGGUUCAAGCAAUUCUCCUGCCUCAGCCUCCUGAGUAGCUGGGACUACAGGCAUGCGCCACCACGCCCAGCUAAUUUUUGUAUUUUUAGUAGAGACGGGGUUUCACCAUAUUGACCAGGAUGGUCUCGAUCUCUUGACCUCGUGAUCCACCCGCCUCGGCCUCCCAAAGUGCUGGGAUUACAGGCUUGAGCUACCGUGCCCGGCCAUGAAGGAAAUAUUUUAAGUAUAAUCUACCCAAAAAGAAUAACUGCUACAGCCAACAUAAAGGCUUUAUUCCCUGUUUUGUUAAAUAACUUCACUCAAAUUGUGACAUUCUUUAGAGAGAGUAUUUUCCUUGAGCAGUAAUUAACAUGUUUUUGGGGGGCAUAUUUUCAAGGGGGAAACAUCUUCCUAAGAACAUUUGAUUAGCCUCACUUCUGUCCUCAGCUUCUACAUUGCUUACUUUUCAAGAUAUUUCUUCUGAGCCCUUUUCUUUGUGUGCCUAGCUCCCCAUUAUGUAAUUAAGUAGUUGAUUACUGUUCCAAAUGCUUCCCCUACUCAAGGCUGUUGUUCACCCUGUUUCAUGAAUUUGUGAAUGAAGUAGGUGCCUAAUAUUUUCCUACUAUUAGGCUGAAAAGCAGUAAGAAACUAAAGUGGCUUCCAAAUAUUUGUGUCUUGCAAAAUAGGAAAUGUUUCUUGCCAGUCAUUUCCUUUCCAUUAUUCCUUUUAAUCACAGUAUGAAAACCUAGUAUUUUGUAUUUAGAAGGAGACUUGUAUUAAAAGACAAGAUUCUUGGUAGUUAUUCAUCAGGCUUCAGUUUCUUGUGUAUUUCUCCUGGGAGAGGUAGAAGGACAUUUUGUAGUAUUUUUCUAACAAUAUAAUGCUGCUUGGGUUAUCAGAAGGUAUUGAAUACUUCAGAUAAGUAAAGUUAGUAUUUAGUAUAGCAGCUGUUCUUCAGAGCACAGGAAACUGGGAUAGUAUGUAGCAUUAUGCUAUUUCCAUUAUUUUUCAUUGCCUAACUUUUAAUUUGUACAGUUGUAUAAAAUUUGCCUCUUUACUAAAAAAAAAAUCUAGUUUCAUUCCUGUUUCUUGCCAUAUUAAGCAGUUUUUAUCUUUUCAUUGAUGUUUUACAUUUUUUAUCUUAGAAGAAAAAGAAAACAGAGAGAAUGAAAGAGAAACAUCAUGACUUAGAAAAGGAAAUUUGAUCUGUAUGGAAUACUGUAGCUUUAUUUUCUGGCAUUUCUGCUUGUAGAUAGAUUAGAAAAUCCUUGUUUCUCUUGUUUGUUUUGUUUUAAAAUCCAGUAAGGUUGAGGAACUUGACAUUUUAAAACCGCAGUUUUAUUUUUAACUACUUAAGAGGCUGGUCAUGUAAAAUCUGCACUGCUGUGUUGGAAUGGAUAUGUGCGUGAUAAUUAACCUCAUUAAAGCUCUGUUGCUGUGGUGGGCA